GGGGUAAUUCUAAAACUGACCUAUAUAAACAUCACAAGGACAAAACCCUAAAUUUCUUUCACAGGUCCGCCUCCUUCAUUUCUCCACCCUAACUGGUUCAUCUCACUACUCUUCUGCACAAUCACUCGUCGAAGCUCAUCGACAAUGGCUCCAAAACAGCCAAAUACCGGACUCUUUGUCGGUCUGAACAAAGGACACAUUGUAACAAAGAAGGAGCUGGCCCCUCGUCCAUCUGACAGGAAAGGAAAAACCAGCAAAAGAACUCACUUUGUGAGGAACCUGAUCAGAGAAGUUGCUGGCUUUGCUCCUUACGAGAAGCGAAUUACUGAACUUCUAAAGGUUGGAAAGGACAAGCGUGCACUGAAAGUGGCCAAGAGAAAGUUGGGUACGCACAAGAGGGCAAAGAAGAAGAGAGAGGAGAUGUCUAAUGUUCUCCGUAAAAUGAGGGCUGGAGGGGGUACUGAGAAGAAGAAGUGAGUAGCACAGCAGUGAAUCCAACCAUCGCAAUUUUCUACAAGACAGUAGCUUUACUUCAGUUUGUAAUUUUGUUUGCUAUAUUGAAUUUUUGAAAUGAAACUGAUUAUUAGUACAAGACUGCUUGUUAUUUGCACAAGUUUUUUUUUUUUGUGAGACCAUGUUGCAGAAGUCAAAUUUUAGUUUUAUAUUAAUGCUGCUGUUUUAUUUUAA